AUGAUGAGCUCCGAGCUGGCCAGGUUCAGAGUGGUGCUCUUGCUGGUCACCUGUCCCCUGGUAGCCAUGAUACAGGGUGUGGCCAGUAAAAGUGAGGUCAGACCCCUUGGGGACUCGCCAGACAGGUGCAUGCGACACCACUUUGUGGAGACUAUCACUCAUCCCAUCUACAAGUGCAACUCAAAGAUGGUGUUGCUGGCACGGUGCGAGGGCCACUGCAGUCACACAUCGCGCUCGGACCCGCUGGUGUCCUUCAGCUCCGUGCUCAAGCAGCCGUUCAAGAACACGUGCGUCUGCUGCCGGCCCCACACCUCCAAGCUGAAGGCGGUGCGCCUCCGCUGCUCGGGCGGCACACGCAUCACUGCCACCUACCGCUACAUCCUGGCCUGCAGCUGUGAGGAGUGCAGCUGA